AUGGGAGUAGCUGUUUUAAAUCCACAAGACUGUCUGAAACAACCUUUCCCCCACAUGAAAUAUCCUCGUAACCAUACCACCGCAUGCCCCAACAGGCAGAAAAAACCGGUUCCAAACCGAACACGCCGAAGCCCUCCGCGUAACCAAACCACCAGAUCUCCUCCUAAAGCGCCGCCUCCUCCCCCUUCGGUUAAGAAGAGUCCCGUCGUUGGUCAGGUUAGGAUCCUGAAGCGCGGCGAGGAGAUUCCAAAUAAGACAGCGGAAUUGGUUGUCGAAAAGACAGAUCUGGUGUCCACGCAACGCAUCGGACCAGAUCCGUGUCUGAUUCCGAGUCAGAUCCGUCUCUCCGACCGUAAAUCGAAGAAAGUUCCGUUUUACGCCGGACCUGUGACCAUGACCUCGCCGCCUCCGAGCGACGUCCCUCUUCCGGCGUUCUUCACCACGAAGAAGAGCGUCUCUUUGUUCCAAGCCGCUGAUGCCACGAGCGAUCUCAUCAGGAUGUUAGGUCUAAACAUCGCGUGA